AUGGCCGCGGCCGUGGCUGGGAUUCUGCGAGGCGGCCUCCUGCCCCCGGCGGGCCGGCUGCCCACCCUCCAGACUGUCCGCCAUGGUUCCAAGGCUGUUACCCGUCACCGUCGAGUGAUGCACUUUGAGCGGCAGAAACUGAUGGCUGUGACUGAGUAUAUCCCCCCGAAACCUGCAAUCAGUCCUCAAUGCCUGGCUCCUCGCUCCAAGCCAGUCCAGGAGGAGACAGGCCUCAUCCGGCUCAUCCGGCGGGAGAUAGCAGCAGUUUUCCAAAACAACCGAAUGAUAGCCAUCUGCCAGAACAUCCCCCUGAGCUCGGAGGACAAGCUGCUCAUGCGACACCGGCUGCGGAAACACAAUAUCUUGGUUAAGGCCUUCCCUAACCAGUUCCUGAAGCCCUUCCUGGAGGGUUCCAAGUACCGGAACCUGCUGCCCCUCUUCGUGGGGCACAACCUGCUGCUGGUCAGCGAGGAGCCCAAAGUCAAGGAGAUGGUGCGGGUCCUGAAGAGCGUGCCCCUCCUGCCGCUGUUGGGCGGCUGCAUCGACGACACCAUCCUCAGCCGGCAAGGCUUCAUCAACUACUCCAAGCUGCCCAGCCUGGACCUGGUGCAGGGGGAGCUGGUGGGAGGGCUCACCCUCCUCACGGCCCAGACCCACUCGCUGCUGCAGCGGCAGCCCCUCCACCUGACUGCCCUGCUGGACCAGUACGUCAGACAGCAACGCCAGGGGGACUCCUCCCAGCCGGCCCCUGGGCAGCCCGAUCCUCCCGACUCUGCUCCGCGCUCACAGCCGGCCUGCCCGUAA